AUGGCCUCAAUCUCAAAAGAGAGCGAUGACAAACCUGAUGUAGUUGGGCAGGAUACGGACAUUGAUCCUGGGCGACUCUAUGCUUCCUCGCCGACCUCACUACAGGACUCAGAGGAAGCAGAUUACAACGGCGUCCCUUCGACAAGUGCUACCGAUUAUGAUGAAGACCUUUGGCUGGCGAGCAUACGUGACGUUGCAAGGCGAUGCACAGCCGCCACCCCACGAGUACUGGAGAACAGGAAGCCAAUGUAUCAUCACAAUGCGGAAGCCAUCGGUGCUGUUUUUAGGGACGUCUACAACUUCGAAGUCCUAGACCCGCUCGAGUUGCCCGAUAGGAAUGCCAACAGCAAGCUCGGUACAAAACUCAAUCAGCUGGUGGGUAACUCUAGCCAAGUGGACGAGGAAAAUCUUUUGAUCAUCUACUAUUGUGGUCACGCUGAAUGGCUGGCUGGUGCGAUUGAUGAUCUGGUGUGGAAGCCACGGCAAAAUGCAAAGGUCCAAAUCUCAUGGAAUCGAAAACAGCAAGAUCUGCUUGACGCUGAAUGCGACCUUCUAUUCAUCCUUGACUGUUGUUACUCAGGUCGGAUGGUGAAAGGACGGCAGCCCUGGAAAAGGCGAUGCGAGGUGCUUAGUGCAACAGACUCACUGCAGAAAGCGCGUGCAGAGAAACACUUGUCAUUUACUACUGCGCUAUGUGCCAACCUGAACGAAGGGACUUACGUGGAGGAUCUUGGGCUUGCCCUGGCAAUUUCCUCAAUCAUAGACGAAUUUAAGCUGGAGACCGUCCCGCACUACCACAAGCAUACUGACCGAGACAAGUACCCGUUUGGGAUAUAUCUUCGGCCAAGGGACGUUGCAAUGCAGAAGUCUAAGGUAACACUUGGGAACUUUGCCCUCGCUUCAACCGACUCCCAGGUAAGAAGGUUACGGGACGUGACUUGGAAGUCAGACGCCAUAGUUGUCAUCGCCUGCCAUGUCAAGAAGGCUCCCAAGCAUGGGGAAGCGCUGUCAUGGGAGAACAUGGUCAGAGUCUGUUCCGAAUUUGUGACUGCUAUGCGAUUCGAAGCCUUUUCCAAGGCUGAGUCUGACGCUUUGCUCAAUGAGGCCCAGUCUGCUGUAUCGUACGCCAGACUAGCGAGCCUGUUUCGAGGUUCCGCACUUCUGAUCCUCUCUAUGCCAAUGUGGCUAUGGUAUAAAGUGGAGCCGAGCUCUUCUUUCCAAAAGCUCGCCGUGGUCAGAACCCACAAUCUCCUACAACUAUCGUCCGAAGACGAGCUCGGUGUCAUUUCGGGAGAAGAAAGUGCGUCUUUAGUAGGGACUGGAAAUCGCCGCGAGUCGGAAACACAGAGAGCCCCCGUAACUUUCUUCCAGUCUGAUUCCUCAAUGGGUGUUGGUGAUCAAAGUUCCGAGCGUUCUGAAGAGAUGCAAUUUCCACUGCAGAAUUCUCCAUCAAACACCGUCAUUAAAUCGAAUUUAAGCAAGAAACAAGUGGAGAGAUUGGUGAAUGUAUUGGGGAAUGACCAUCCCCUUACAUUGAAGGCCAGGGUCGACCUAGCCUUCGUACUCUGGGAGCCAGGUCGUGAUAAGGAAGCGGAGCAAUUAGGAUUCGAAGUCAUGAAUGCAAGAAUGAAGGUACUAGGUGAAAAGCAUAGUGAUACGCUGACCAGUAUGAGUAGUCUGGCGCUAGUUUACCAAAGCCAAGGUCGUUACAGGGAAGCGCAACACUUGUUACGAAGAGUCGCGUUAGGGUCGAGAAAGCUACGAGGAAAGAGGGAUCCUAUAACAUUGAUCAGCAUGGCUAAUUUGGCAUCGAUGCUUGCACUACAGGGUCAGCACGAUGAGGCUUUGGUGCGACGUCAGUACGUGAUGGACGAACUUUUGCAGGUGUUGGGGGCAAAUCACUCGGACACACUGAUCAGCAUGCAUAAUCUAGCCUUCACGUGGCACAGUCUCAAGCAGGAAACACAAGCUGUCGGUCUCAUGCAAGAUUGUUUAGAUAGACGGAGUCGUGUUCUAGGGAGCUCGCAUCCGGACACUCUCCUUUCGAAGACGACGUUGGAGAUGUGGAAAGGCGAGCCCGAAAGUAUAAGACGGCGCAAAUAA